AUGACGGUUUUCAUUGCAUCGCUUUUCCUCCCUUAUACCAUCGACUUUGAACCUUCAGAUCGUAUUGGCAGGCGUCAGAGAAAACCUUCGCCCAGCUACUCUGCUGUGGACAACUCGGGCCUCGGCCCUAUAGAUGGGCGACAGCCCGAUGCUCGGCGCAAGCUUCGCCUCAGAUCCAGCAGCUUAUCACUGACCCCAGGAGCGACGACCGAUGAUGAGAAGAUCUUCAAAGGAUAUAGUUCACGGUCUGCAGGUGAAAUUCUCACAGCCGACGACCCGAUUGGACCUGGACCCAAUGAGCCUCGGGCUGUGCCCUGGGGCCAAAGCCGCAAAUUCAAUCAGCCCCGAUCAAAGGCUACAUUUUCACCUCAUCCAUCUAUCCUAAGCCGUCCAGGCUCACAUCAGGAAUAUCGGGGCUCGUUUCUGGAUGGCGCACCCGGUGUUGUGUGCAAAGAUCCGUUUGGAAGCCCCCGGGCCCUGCUGGCGGAUGAUGAUUGGGCAGUCAAGGCUGCUGAACAAGGUCACGGCGGUCUUCAGAAUGCCAUUAAUGCUGCAGAGGAGGCAGGUGUUCUUCGGGAUAAAAUGUGGGUAGGGACAUUGGGCAUGCCAACCGACUCCCUCAAGCCGAGGACUCGGAAGAUAAUCGAGGAAACCUUGAGAGAAGAGUUUGAAUCUCUGAGCGUCUUCGUCAGCGACAGUGAGUUUGAAGGCCACUAUGCCCAUUUCUGUCGAGCCGUGCUUUGGCCUGCUCUGCAUUAUCAGAUGCAAGAGAGUCCUCGACACACGGAGUAUGAUGAUUACUCUUGGAGACAGUACCUUCGAGUCAACGAGGCGUUCGCUGAUACGAUAGCAUGUAAUUGGCGGCCUGGGGACUGCAUCUGGAUACAGGACUACCACCUGCUGACUUUGCCUGGUUUGCUGAGAAAGAGAUUGCCCACUGCGGAGAUUGGGUUCUUCUUGCACGCGGCAUUUCCAUCCUCGGAAGUCUUUCGCUGCUUGAAUUCUCGAGAGGCCUUGUUAGAUGGCCUUUUAGGGGCAGACCUAAUUGGCUUUCAAACAGAGGAAUACUGUCACCAUUUUCUUCAUUCUUGCAGUCGACUUCGGAGACUCGAGAUCUCGGCCAAUGGAGUCCAAGUCAAUAAUCGAUUCGUCCAUGUCAAGAGUCAUCCGCUAGGCAUCGACUAUGAGUCUCUCAAUCUGCUGCGGCAAUCCAUUGAGGUCAAGGCUUGGAUUUCCAGCAUCGCUCAGAGGUACCACGGAAAACAUUUGAUUGUGGCGCGCGAUCGUCUGGAUGCUCCUGGGGGGGAUCAAGCAGAAACUCAUGGCUUACGAGCUGUCGUACUAGUGCAGGUCACGGCUUCAGUCUCCGACAUACCAGAGCUCGAAGCGCAAGUCUCGAAGAUUGCGAUGAGGAUUAAUUCGGCGUAUUCCAGUCUCACCCACCAACCUCUCGUCCUGUUGCAGCAAGAUAUCAGCUACGCCCAAUUUCUGGCCUUACUGAGUGUUGCCGAAAUCUUUAUGGCUACAAACCUCCGUGAAGGCAUGAACUUGACAAGCCAUGACUUCAUUCAUUGCCAGGACGGCGAACUUUCCCCGCAGAAAUACGGUUCCCUUAUCCUCAGCGAGUUCACCGGCAGUGCAGCUAUAUUCCAAGGCCACGAUCUCAUCGUCAAUCCAUGGGAUUACAAGCAAUGCGCCGAUGCCAUCAACAAAGCCCUGGAGAUGACUCCGGAGCAGAAGAAGCUAAACUGGAAAUAUCUUGAAGAGCGGAAAACGCCAUAUACCGCCCUUGCCUGGUACCUGUCCCUUCAGACUGCACUUGCCGAAGCCCACGGCAUGCAACAGUCACGCUUUGCUCAUGCCAUCCGCCCGCUCGACAUCACAGACCUCCAAACCUCCUACAAUACUUCCCAAUCCCGUCUCCUCUUCAUAGAAGAUGGCGCAACUUUCGUCACCUCGACGCAUACAGAUCAAACUUACACCUCAGAAGAAGUGAUCACUGUCCUCGAGUCUCUAGUCAGUGACCCUAAGAACACGGUCUACUUGACUAGUAACCGCAGCCCAGAACAACUAGACUCCACAUCCAAUCGCCUACCAAAAGCCCUCGGAAUCGUCGCAGAGAACGGUUGCUUCGUCAAAUUACCAGGAUCAACCUCCUGGUCCUCCCUAGUAGACACGACACACACCCAACACUGGCACGCGGGGAUCCGAAAAGUCAUCGCAUACUUCGCCGAGCGCACCGAAGGGAGCACCAUCGAAGCACGCCGCUGCACACUGACAUUCCAUUUCGCCGAUGCAGACGACAAAGACACCGCUGCAAGAAAGGCCUCCGAACUCGCAGACCAAAUCAGCGGCGCGCGAGGCCGUGAAGCGAUCCGUGUCGUACGCGAUGUCGGAGCCGUCAGUGUCGAACCACUUUUUGCAUCCAAAGCCGCGGCCGCUUCGUGGAUCUUAAAUCACUCUGCGCAUGAUAGGAAAACAGAGUUUCCCGACUUUGUCUUUGUGGCUGGUAGUGCUAGAGGCGAUGAGGCGCUGUUCCGUUGGGCUAAUCGCUUGGUGUUGGAACGGGAUGCUGCGCCGGUGGCGGUUACAACUUUGACUGCGGGGGCGCAUGCUACUGAGGCGGAAGUCAGGUUGCCGGAUGAGUUUUCUUUAUUGGAUGUACUCCGUUCCCUUGUCUCGACAUAG